AUGGAUCACAUACCGGCUUGGAAGAGAAUCGCUAUAAAAAAUCAAGAACGCGCUACAGAUGACGGUGAUACGACUGCUCUAAAUGUGACAACGCACUUGGCGACAGCGAAUCUAAGCAAACGAGAAAAGAGAAAGAUUAUUAGAGGAGAACCAGAGAACGGAAAGGGCAAAAAGGCGCUCGCCAACCCUAACAAGAAGCAGAAGAAGGACAAGGCACCUCGCGAGGAAAGACUGCUGAAUAAAGAACAGGUGCUAAAGGACCAGCUGCGAUACUUAAUCGACUUUUACCGCGAGAAAGUUGGUGAGCUCCCACAAGAGGUAUGGUCGCAUAAGCCGGUACAAGCACAACUGGGAGAGUCUUCCAUUUCUAAGGACGAGAAAGAUACCGACGACGCGAAGCCUCAGGUAGUGGAGGUGUGGAAAUUUUCGAAGCAGAAACAAAACUGGCUAUUGAAGCACAUUCUAGACGUGACACAGAUCCCUGCAUGCUACGACGACCUACUGUACGCUUAUUUCAAAGAUCUGAAGGGUGGUUCGAAAGCUGCGCUUGAAAAGGCCUGUCAAGAAUGCCUCGAUCGGCACGAAAAGGGACAACUGGCGGCACAAACCAGCUCCGAGAUAGAGCGGCUUGAAAAAGAAGAGGAUAGCGAAAAGGGCCAAGCGCAAGAGUCUACCGACACCGCCGAAAAACCUGCGAAAACGGAACAGAAAGAGCAAGGAGAGCAACCAGCUGACGUGAAAGCGGCUGAAGAUGAAGCUCCUCCAUCCGAUGAACAAGUCAAUCGCGCACAGAAGCUGCUCAGCUAUCUAAGGCAAGCCUGA